GGUGUGUUAGCCAGGGGCCGGAUACUCAACCACGAUGACAACCACGCCAUUCAGCAUUCAGCAGUCAUAGCGAGCAAGGCGUCGUUUUUCCUACUGUGAAAUCUGCAAUUUUCAAAGAUGCCCGUCGACACUGAAGGAGUCAUCUCCUUCGUGAUCGCAGUGUGCAGGGAGGAGGAUAUGAAGGUUGUCAUAAAGCAAAAUAUUGUCUUCAGGGCCGGGCCUGACAACUACGCCAGAGCUGCAUUAGCGAAAAGAUCAGCUGACAGACUAGAGCAGAAAACCAAGAGUGUCGAGGACAUCAUAAAACAAGAACUGAACCCAGAACAGCGUGAAGAACUUGCAGAUUCUGUGAGGGAAGCAGUGAAAGAUGUGGGUUUCAUGGAGAUUAGCCCCAACUGCAUAGAAGUGUGGUCUGUCAAAAGGCGGAUUAUUGAGGUGGUCAGACGGUUCUUCGAGUUUCAACUGAAUUUGGAGAUUGUGUAGUUGUUGCGAUAUUUCCCUGACCACCCAAUGUGUUGCAAAAAUCACCUUUCACACACUUUGUUUCCAUAUGCUGGCCAAGCAAAAUAUGUCACUAACUUAUCUGAUGACCCCAUAUGCCAUGCUCAGACUGUCUGUCACACUCAGGACUGAGGUUGAUUUUAUCCUGUUUUCUGUUUUUAUCCUGUUCAUUAUCUGUUUCUUAGAGUGCUUUGUUUUUUCCCCCCAUAUUUUCAAACAUUUAUUAUUUGUUUAUAACAUGAAACAGGUAAAUGUUAAAAUACUUCUUUUAUUUAAAACCCUGUUAUAUUGCUGAAAUUUCAUCUUUGAGCAUCUUAAUUUCACUUACAUACUGAAUCAUACUGAUGUAUACCUUCACCUUUUCUUCAUAAAGUCUUUUUCCAAAUAUGUAUUUGGAAAAAAUUCAUCUUUCAAGUCUUCUCAAUUAUGCAUAUUUCACUGUGAUUAUUAGGCAUGUUGAUCUUUUCUUUACUCACAGGGUUCAUUUUCUUUAUCUCUUGUUUUUUUUUAAGUUGUUCAGUUCAGUUACCAUAGCUUUGUAUUUUUUAAAGAUCUAUUUCAAGGCCAGUAUUUUAAAAUUUAGAGUUUAUUUCACAUAUUUCUAGGCUUGGGAGGUGGCUUGUGUUUGCUUCUCCAGCCAUAAGCUGACCCAGUAUAUUUCCCCUCCUCCCACUCCUUUAUUCCAAUGUCACUCUUUUGUCGUCUUUUGUUAUAUUCUGUUUCCUGGAUUUU